AUUUAUUCAAUAUAAAUGAAGCCCAAGACUAUUGUAAUGCUUAUUGUCAUUGCUCUAAUAUUUGGAGAGGCUGUAGCAAAGUCUAGAGGAGGAAGUAGCUCUAGGAGAAGAUCCAGCUCAUCAUCUGGGGGAUCAGGAGGAUCAGGAGGAUCUUGCAAUGGAAGCACAUUUACUUGUGUCGGAAUUCCUUUGAUUAUAAUAGGAUCUCUAUGCUUCUUAGUAUGAGGAGGAAUUGGAAUUUUCUGUUUAUGACGCAAGCUUAGAGAAAUACGCUCAAAUUCUAAUAAGAAACAAUUAGCACAACUUGCUAGGCCUAAUGUUGACCCAUUUGAAGAAAAGCAACUUGAAAAUAAGUUAGAUAUACUACAUCAAGAGAAUGAUAAGAAAGUGAAAGACUCUUUAUUUGCUCCUCAAACACAUUACCCUGCACAUAUGGUUCCAAAAUAUCCCAUUCCAGGGCAAUAUAUUCCAAAGAUUGAUCAGCCUCCAGUCAAAAACGAGAACAAUCUUGCUGAUGAGGUUAAAGAUGAGGAUGCUGAUCUAUCUUUAGGGACUAUUCAUAGCCGGUCGGAUUCUGAAGUUUCUAAUAAAGAAGUUGAGGCUCCUCAGAAUGUUAUUGUAAAAUCUCUUCAAGUUGCCUACUCUAAUACAACCCCUAUUGCCCCUGUCCAUCCAAACUCGAUUAACCUACAAAUCCCUUCACCUGCAGCUAAUAUUUCCCACUCCUCUGAACACAUAGUCUAAUCAGAAUUGAAGAUUUCAACUCAAAA